AUGAUAAAGCUUCAAGCUUUGGCUCUGUAUCUGUUUCUUCUCUUGUUAGUCAAAUGGGUCAGUUCUGAUUCUAAUUCUCCUCCUAGUAGAGACCAGUUUCUCACUUGCAUGUCGGUACAUUCUAAUUCAAGCUUCAUAAACCCUAAAAGCUUCAUCCACAAGCAAGACUCAAGACUCUACACCGAUAUCUCGCAAUCUUUAUCCCAAAACUACAGAUUCCUGAGCUUGAAUUUCACAAGCCAGAAGCCAAUUAUGAUCAUUACGCCAAGAACAGAUGCCGAAAUCCAGAGAUCGUUACUCUGUAGCAGGAAACUUGGGGUUCACGUAAGGACUAAAAGUGGUGGUCAUGACUAUGAAGGACUUUCUUACCUCUCAUCACAAUCACCUUUCAUAAUUCUCGAUCUCAUCAAUCUCCAAUCGAUCGAGAUCAAUCUCAAGGAAGAAACAGCUUGGGUUGGAGCCGGCGCGACGAUCGGUGAGCUUUACUAUAAAAUUGCUAAAUCGAGCAAGAUCCAUGGCUUUCCUGCAGGAACAUGCCCUAGUGUUGGAGUUGGUGGUCAUUUUAGUGGAGGAGGGUUUGGUGCAAUGAUGAGGAAACACGGUUUAGCCGCGGAUAACGUUGUGGACGCGCGUUUUGUGGACGCAAACGGGAGAAUCUACAACAGUAGGAGAGAAAUGGGAGAAGGUUUGUUCUGGGCGAUUAGAGGAGGUGGAGCUGCUAGCUUUGGGGUUGUGGUUUCAUGGAAAGUGAAGCUAGUUAGGGUUCCGGAAAAGGUUACUUGCUUCUCAAGGUACUUACAGCUAACACAGAAGAUGACGAAAAUCGUUCAUAGAUGGCAGUAUAUUGCUUCGGAGAUUGACGAGAAUCUGUUCAUCAGAGUCAUAGUCUACAAUUCCGGAGGAUCUGUUCAAGCUACAUUCCAAGCAAAUUAUCUUGGAGGAAUCGAUACAUUGAUUCCUCUCAUGAAUCAGAAGUUUCCGGAGUUAGGGUUAGGGUUUCAAGACUGUUCAGAAAUGAGCUGGAUCGAUUCGAUAAUGUACUUCAACUGGAAGAAAGGACAGCCACUAGAGGCUCUUCUCGACAGAGAUCAAAGAUACAAUGAUCUGUAUUUCAAAGCAAAAUCUGAUUUUGUCAAGAACCCAAUUCAGGAAACCGGUCUAGAAGGUAUAUGGAAGAGGUUUCGCGAUGUCGAAUCUCCUGUAAUGAUAAUGGAACCAUUAGGUGGUAAAAUGUAUAGGAUUAGCGAAACAGAGACUCCAUUUCCACAUAGAAAAGGGAAUCUGUACAAUAUACAGUAUAUGGUGAAAUGGAGAGUGAAAGAAGUUGGAGAGAUGCAGAAACAUGUGAGAUGGAUGAGAUUGCUUUAUAGGUAUAUGAGAGUUUAUGUCUCUGGAUCACCAAGAGGAGCUUAUUUGAACUAUAGAGAUCUUGAUUUGGGUAUGAAUAAAGGGAUUAAUAGUAGCUUUGAGGAUGCAAGAUUAUGGGGGAUUAGGUAUUUUGGAAGUAAUUUCAAGAGAUUGGCUAUGGUUAAAGGGAAGAUUGAUCCUACCAAUUUCUUCAGAAAUGAGCAGAGUGUUCCUCCUUUGAUUGUGUAA